AUGGGUGCGCAGACCCCUCCACACGGGCUUCCGACCCACCGCGCUUAUCCCUUCCAAUUGCUGCAAUCAGUCUCCAGAGAUGUUAAUUGGCUUCCAAAGUGGAUGAGCGAUGAGUCAUUUUCAUCCAAUGAGAGAAAACAGCCUCCAGAGACUCUUCGUCUGUUGGCCAGCGAGAGAGUCAAUUCCCAGGAUCCUCCUGCUCGCGGACUCGAUCUUCCAGGCGGGCAAAGUUCAGCUGAGAGCCACAAGAGAGCAGUCUUCGCAGCACCUGCUAAUCCAGAACGUCGGGCACUGGCACAAGCACUGUGUGGACAGACUCUCUGGUUCUGUGAGUGUUUUUUCUGGUCCUGUGUUGGACCUGGAGUUCUUAGGGGGAUGGCUCGCAAAGGCACUUCAAAGGCCAAGAGUUUUACUCCUGAAAAGAUACUUGGAGAUUGUCUAGGUGUUCCUGUAUCUCAAGAGGGUCGUUUGACACUGAGUUUCUUCUUGAAUGGCUCAAGGACUGAAGCAUCCCACAAAAUAAUUCUACUGAAUAACUCCCAGAAGCUGCUGGCCCUAUACAAACCCUUGGCCUGAAUCAUACCUGAGUCCCUGAAGGUGUACGGCUCUGUGUACCACAUCAAUCACAGGAACCCCUUCAACAUGGAGGUGCUAGUGGACUCCUGGCCUGAGUAUCAGAUGGUUAUUAUCCAGCCUCAAAAGCAGGAGAUGACUGACAAUAUGGAUUCAUACACAAACGCAUAUUGCAUGUUCUCCAAAGAGACUAAAACAUCACAAGAAGUUUUGAUAUGUGAGAUCAUAAACUGGAAACACAUACUCCAAAUCCAAGGUCUUCAAGAAAGUUUAGGUGAGGGGAUAAGAGUGGCUGCAUUUUCAAAGUCACUGAAGGUAGAGCAUUCGAGAGCAGUCCUCUUUAUUAUGGAGAAUAUCCUGAAGUUCCAUGACUCCAAUAAAAGCAAGCUUGGAAGCUGAGCUGAGUCAGGCCACCCAGACGAUGAAUUUGAGAGUGAAACUCCCAACUUUAAGAAUGCCCCGCUGGUUGUCUCUUAUUCAGGGCUGGUAAAUGAUAACUGGAGGUGAGGGAAGAAUGAGAGGAGCCGGCGUUACAUCAAGCGCUGUAUAGGAGCACUGCCAGCAGCCUGUAUGCUAGGUCCAGAUGGGGCUCCGGUAUCAUGAUUAACCUUGGACACUUCUUGUGAUGUAGGAAUAGCCUACAGCGUGGAAACAUACCAAACGACAGGCAACAUGGCACGGGUGAUCGUGGGAUUCAUGAAAUAUCUGCAUCAGAAUAAUAGUCCAUUUUACUUCUCUUUUCUAGAAGUAAAUGAAGACUCCCACAGAUUUGUGGGGCAGUUCUGUUCCUUUGAGGCCACCUGUGAUUACCACCAAUGGACCAGGUGGUACCCAGAGAAUCUAGUUCCAUUUUAG